AUAAAAGAGACAAAACAAUUAGGGCUCUAAAAGUUGGGGGUUUUACAAAACCCUCUUCUUCUCUCUCUAUUUCUCUCUAUUCAGUACUUCUAUGUAUUCUUCACAAAGGCCAUUUUCCCGCCUUCAACUCUCCACAUUUCAUUCGGUAUCACACUGAUUCUCUCUGUCUCUUAGGUUUUCGUCAUUUUUGCAAGUGGAACUGGGAGAGGUCCAAAAAUUCUCAGCCAUGGUCUCAACGAAGGAGCUCCUCUCUAUCAUUGAAUCGUCUCUUUUGGGUCCGUCGCCUCCCUCCCCAGCCCAAAGGGUUGAGCUUCUUCACGCCGUUCGUGCUUCUCUUCCCGCAUUUCAGACCCUUCUCUCAUACCCACCUCCAAAGCCCUCUGAUCGAGCUCAAGUUCAGUCUAAAGAAGUUAGGCUUCCGGAUUCACCACCAAUUUCGCUUGAUGACCAAGAUGUCCAGAUUGCAUUAAAGUUGAGUGACGAUCUUCAUCUUAAUGAAAUUAACUGUGUCCGCCUAAUUGUACACGCCAAUCAAGAGUGGGGUUUAAUGGGGCGAGAGCCACUAGAAAAUUUACGUCUUUCAGCGGGACUUUGGUACACUGAGAGAAGGGAUCUGUUAACAGCCCUCUAUACACUACUACGGGCUGUUGUGCUUGACCAGGGACUUGAUGCUGAUCUUCUAUCUGAUAUUCAGAAAUAUUUGGAAGAUCUAAUUAGUUCUGGGCUUAGACAGCGUUUAAUCUCUCUUAUAAAGGAACUCAAUCGGAAAGAACCAGCUGGUUUAGGUGGGCCUCAAUGUGAGCCUUAUGUACUUGAUGUCAGAGGUGCUCUUGUUGAGAGGCAAGCUGUGGUUUAUAGGGAACGACUAAUACUUGGGCAUUGUCUUAUUCUCUCUAUUUUGGUUAUAAGGACGGGUCCAAAGGAUAUAAAGGAUAUUUUUUGUGCUUUGAAAGAUAGUGCUGGUGAACUUAGUGAGAGCAAAGAUGUAUUGAAACAUCAGAUUACAUUUAGUCUUCUUUUUUCCCUAGUGAUCUCUUUCGUGUCCGAUGCUUUGAGUGCAGUACCCGAUAAAGCAUCUGUCCUUUCUUCUGACGCUUCCUUUAGACGUGAAUUUCAUGAAACUGUUAUGGCUGUUGGGAAUGAUCCAAAUGUUGAGCAUUAUGUUGAUUGUGUACGGCUUGGUUGGGCCGUACAUUUGAUGUUAAUACAUGAUGCUAGUGCUGCGACUUCUGUUUCAAAUGCUUCAUCAAAUGAUUUGGUGUAUCUUCAUUCCUGUCUUGAAAUUGUUUUCUCCAACAAUGUUUUCCAGUUUAUGCUGGAUAAAGUUCUUCGAACCGCAGCUUACCAGAAUGACGAUGAGGAUAUGAUUUAUAUGUACAACGCUUAUCUGCACAAGUUGCUGACCUGCUUCCUGUCUCACUCUCUAGCUAGGGACAAGGUGAAAGAAUCAAAGGAAAAGGCUAUGAGCAUUCUGAGUCCAUACCGUUCGUCUGUAGCACAUGAUUUUAUGCAUGACAGCAACUCAACUUCUUCACAAGUCACUGAAAGUUCUCUUCCAUUUGUUUCGCUAUUGGAAUUUGUGAGUGAGGUUUAUCAGAGGGAACCAGAGCUGUUGACUGGUAAUGAUGUAUUGUGGACAUUUGUGAAUUUUUCUGGGGAAGAUCAUACAAAUUUCCAAACACUUGUGGCUUUCUUGAACAUGCUGAGUACCUUGGCUUCCAGUCAAGAAGGUGCCUCAAAGGUUUAUGAGUUACUUAAGGGUAAAGCAUUCCGCUCUGUUGGGUGGAGUACAUUGUUUGAUUGCUUAUCAAUCUAUGAUGACAAGUUUAAACAGUCCCUCCAAACUGCUGGAGCCAUGUUACCAGAGUUACCGGAGGGGGACGCAAAAGCACUUGUUGCUUAUUUGAAUGUUCUUCAAAAGGUUGUACAAAAUGGAAAUCCAAUUGAGAGAAAGAACUGGUUCCUCGACAUUGAGCCAUUGUUCAAGCUUCUGGGCUAUGAGAAUGUGCCGCCUUAUCUGAAGGGUGCUCUGCGGAAUGCAAUAGCAACUUUUAUUCAUGUCUCUCCAGUUUUGAAGGAUACAAUAUGGAGCUAUCUUGAGCAAUAUGAUCUACCUGUGGUUGUUGGUUCUCAUGUUGGGAACGGUGCACAGCCCAUGGCUACACAGGUGUAUGAUAUGCAAUUUGAGCUGAAUGAAAUAGAAGCAAGGAGAGAACAAUAUCCCUCAACUAUAUCUUUCCUUAACCUAUUAAAUGAACUUAUUGCUGAAGAAAGAGAUGUCAGCGACAGAGGGCGUAGAUUUAUUGGCAUUUUCAGGUUUAUAUACGAUCAUGUCUUCGGGCCAUUUCCUCAAAGAGCUUAUGCAGAUCCUUGUGAGAAAUGGCAGCUGGUUGUUUCUUGCCUUCAGCAUUUUCAUAUGAUACUGAGCAAGUAUGACAUCACUGAAGAGGAUAUUGAUAGUGUCAUUGAUCGCACACAGCUUUCAACAGAAACACAACAAUCUUCUCUCCAGAUGCAACUUCCUGUGCUAGAGUUGCUAAAAGAUUUCAUGAGUGGAAAAGCAGUUUUUCGGAAUAUCAUGGGAAUUCUUCUGCAAGGUGUCAAUACCAUUAUUACCGAACGAACAAGUCAAAUAUAUGGACAACUUUUAGAGAAGGCUGUACAAUUUUCUUUGGAAAUUAUAAUCCUUGUUUUGGAGAAGGAUUCACUUCUUUCUGAUUUUUGGCGACCUUUAUACCAGCCUUUGGAUGUUAUACUUUCCCAAGAUCAUAACCAAAUUGUAGCUCUUUUGGAGUAUGUCAGAUAUGAUUUUCGGCCACAAAUUCAGCAAUGCUCUAUCAAAAUCAUGAGUAUACUAAGCUCACGCAUGGCUGGGCUUGUAUCGAUACUGCUUAAAUCCAGUGCUGCAAGUUGCUUGAUCGAGGAUUAUGCAGCUUGCCUUGAGUUACGAUCAGAAGAGUCUCAGUUCAUUGAGAACAGUGGUGAUGAUCCAGGGGUGCUUAUAUUGCAGCUUAUGAUAGACAAUAUUAGUCGUCCAGCUCCAAAUGUUACUCAUAUGCUCCUCAAGUUUGAUCUUGAUAGCAAUAUUGAACGUACUAUUUUGCAGCCAAAGUUUCAUUACAGUUGCUUAAAGAUUAUUCUUGAAAUAUUAGAGAAGCUCUUGAAGCCUGAUGUGAAUGCAUUGCUCUAUGAAUUUGGCUUUCAGCUACUAUAUGAGUUAUGCUUGGAUCCACUAACAUGUGGUCCCAUCAUGGACUUGUUGAGUACAAAAAAGUAUCAAUUUUUCGUAAAGCACCUAGACACUAUUGGGGUUAUUCCACUCCCUAAACGGAGUAGCAAUCAAGCUCUUCGUAUCAGUUCUCUUCAUCAGAGAGCUUGGCUGUUGAAACUCUUAGCAAUUGAAUUACAUGCUGGUGAUAUGAGUAGUUCCUCACAUCGGGACACUUGUCAAAGUAUUGUUGGUCACCUUUUUGGACGGGAAAUUAUUGGAACGGAAACUGAUCAAGUCAUACAACAUUCCCUCUCACUCCAAAUUACUGCAGAGCAUGCUGGAACUAGAACUAUUAGUAAGAGUAAGGUCUUGGAGUUGCUUGAAGUAGUUCAAUUUAGGUCUCCAGACACGACAGUGAAGCUUUCUCAGAUUAUUUCGACUUUGAAAUAUGAUUUGCUGGUUGAGGACAUACUUGGCAAUCCUACAAUUUCAGGAAAGGGUGGUGUCUACUAUUAUUCGGAGCGUGGCGAUCGUCUGAUUGAUCUAUCUUCAUUUCGUGACAAACUUUGGCAGAAAUUUAGUUCUACUAAUCCCCAAUUGAGUAACUUUGGGAGUGAACUUGAGGUCAACAAUGUUAAAGAUACAAUACAACAGUUGCUGAGAUGGGGCUGGACGUAUAAUAAGAACCUUGAGGAACAAGCUGCACAACUUCAUAUGCUAACUGGCUGGUCACAGAUUGUUGAGGUCUCUGCUUCCAGGAGGACAUCGUUACUUGAAAAUCAAUCUGAAGUUCUUUAUCUGGUUCUUGAUGCCUCUCUUACCGCGUCUGCUUCUCCCGACUGUUCAUUGAAAAUGGCAUUUAUAUUGUGCCAGGUUGCUUUGACAUGCAUGGCCAAACUUCGAGAUGACAGGUUUUUAUGCCCUACUGGUUUUAACUCAGAUAGUGCAGCGUAUCUUGAUGUUCUCAUGGUGAAACAGUUAUCCAAUGGUGCUUGUCACUCAAUAUUGUUUAAGCUUAUAUUGGCAAUUCUUAGGCAUGAAUCAUCAGAAGCCUUACGCAGACGCCAAUAUGCACUGCUACUUAGUUAUUUUCAGUAUUGUCAGCAUAUUCUUGAUCCAGAUGUCCCCAAGGCAGUUCUUCAGUACUUACUACUUGAUGAGCAAGAUGGUGAUGAUCUAGAUCUCCACAAGAUCAACAAGGAACAAGCAGAACUUUCCCAUGCAAACUUUUCUAUUUUAAGGAAAGAGGCUCAACCACUCUUGGAUUUGGUAAUAAAGGAUGCAACACAGGGUGGUGAACCUGGAAAGACCAUUGCACUUUAUGUUUUGGAUGCGUUCAUUUGUGUGGAUCAUGAUAGAUUUUUCUUAAGCCAACUUCAGAGCAGGGGUUUUCUAAGGUCUUGCUUAUUAAGCAUCAGCAGUGCUUCAUUUCAGGAUGGUGGGAAUUUCCUGAAUUCAUUGCAGCGAGCCUGUACCAUAGAGGGUGAACUUGCUUUAAUCUUGAGAAUCAGCCACAAAUAUGGGAAGUCUGGAGCUCAGGUUCUUUUCUCCAUGGGUGCUCUGGAACAUAUUGCUUCAUGCAAGGCUGUCAGUUUUCUGGGAAGUAUGAGGCGGGUCGACACGAAGCUGAGAAGGGAUGUGGCUUCGGAUUUUGAUAAGCAACGAAUGAUCAUAACUCCUGUGCUGAGAUUAGCAUUUUCUCUAACAUCGUUGAUUGAUACAUCUGAAUUUCUUGAGAUAAAGAACAAAAUUGUUCGUGAAGUCAUAGACUUCAUCAAAGGGCAUCUAUCAUUUUUUGAUAAAGUUCUUCGGGAAGACAUUUCUGAAGCAGAGGAAUUAACAAUGGAGCAGAUCAAUCUUGUUGUUGGUAUACUUAGCAAGGUUUGGCCCUACGAAGAGAGUGACGAUUGUGGUUUUGUUCAAGGGCUUUUCGGUAUGAUGCAUGCCUUAUUCUCUUGUGAGGCUCCUACUUAUGGUCAAUCAGUUCGAUCUCUGGAGAAUCAGAGGAAAACAGAAUUAAACAGAUUUCGGUUGUGCUUCAGCCUGAGCUCAUAUCUAUAUUUUCUCAUCAGGAAAAAAUCCUUGAGAUUACAGAUUUCGAAUGAUGUAUCUGAUUACCAUACUUCAGUUCAAAUUCAACAGCCUACAUUAAUUUUACUUGGUUCUCUUCUCAAUUCUGUGACAGUUGCUCUUGAAAGAGCUGGAGAGGAAAAAUCACUAUUACUGAACAGGAUUCGAGACAUUAAUGAGCUAUCAAGACAAGAGGUGGAUGAAAUUCUCACUAUGUGUGCUCGGCAAGAUUGUGUUUCCUCAUCUGACAAUAUACAGAAAAGGAGGUAUGUUGCAAUGGUGGAAAUGUGUCAGGUCGUUGGCAACAGAGAUCAGUUGAUUACCUUAUUGCUCCCUGUUGCAGAACAGGUUCUAAAUAUCAUCCUCAUUCAUUUCCAGGAUAGUUCAAUUACAACAGAGGCAAGUGGAGCUACGAGAACAAUUACUUACGGUUCUAGGUCCGAACCAGAAGAUGAAAUUUCUUUGAUAAGUGGAAAGUUACUUCCAAAUUUAGAAAGGCUCGAGUUACUAAGUGAGGAAAAAGUAGGCCACAAUCUGAAGGUAUUUCGAAGAUUAGUAACUUCACUCAAGGAAAUGUCUAUUCAAAAGUUAGUAUCAUGAGAAUGUUCUGGGAGACAUAAGAGCAUGACUGUAAAUUUCAGGCUUCUUGUUAUUUAGUAUUAAUUCUUAUAGUUUUGUAUAUUAUGAUACCAAGUGUAACAGUCAUUACAUAUAAAUUAUUUGUUGUAUAAUCAGGCGUCAAGCAUGUUUUACUACUGCCUGCGUUAUUUCAUAAAAUUUUGGAAAAGCACCAGUGUUUGUUUUUUAA